AUGUAUUCGUUGAAUUCUUUUGUUCUUUGGUUGUUGAAAUGUCUUAGGCAUAUCAUGAUUAUUCCUCUAAUAAAGCAGCCUAAUAUUUCGUCUUCUGAACCCAAAAAUUGUGCUAUCUCUUUGUCAUUAUCGGUUAUUUCCAUUCCCGCGUUUUGUAUUAUUGCUCUGCGCUCUUCUUCGCUUUUUUUUGCGUAUCCUUCCAGAGCUACGAAGUCUUCUCUUGAUGGUGUUAUACCCAUAUUUCUAAUAAAUUUUAUUUUACUGCGGAUUAUUAUGAAAAUCGAUUUAUGCAGGAGAGUGUUUU